AGCCUGAUGACAUUUAGCACUUCAUUUACAAGCUGCAAGAUUUAAGGUUUAGCAGUGCAAGUGGAAGCCUCUUCUCCAUAGAUAUUUGAACUGAGAUUCUUUUGAUCAUUUUGUGCAUCAUUUCAAGCUGAUUCCUUUGAACUGAUUAUUUUGUACUUGAACCCAGCUGUCUUGUUGGUACCAUUUUCUUUCUCAGAUUUUCAGCUGGGGAAGUGACUGUAUACCUUGCUAUAGCAAUGAUGAAAUAUUGGGGUGAGAUUCCUGUUUCUGCUAGCCAAGCCAGUCGAAGUUCUUUUGACUUGCUGCAGCGAGAAUUUCGGACAGUUGAGGUCCAGGAUCCACCUUUGCAUCAGCCAUCAGCAAACAAGCCCCGACCCACUACUAUGUUGGACAUCCCGUCAGAGCCUUGCAGCCUCACUCUACAUACCAUUCAGCUUAUCCAAUAUAACAGGCGCCUAAGGAGUCUUAUUUAUGCUGCCCAGAAUCAAACACCUCCCCCAGCAGAGGGAGUUAAAACUGAAGAGAAUGAGUCUCUGUUUCCCCUUCCUCGUCCUGUUUCUCCUCCUGUUCCAGAUGAUCUUCUCCCAUUGGAUAGCAAAGUUCCGAGACUGCCAUUUCAGCUUCAACACAGUGAUCCAGAGAGUGACUUCUACAGAGGAAAAGGGGAGCCAGUUACUGAGCUGAGCUGGAUAUCAUGUCGACAACUUCUGUACAAGUCAGUUGCUACUAUCCUAGCUCACACAGGCUUUGAAGCUACAAGUGAAAGCAUCCUUGAGACCCUGACAGACAUUACACAUGAAUACUAUUUAAAAUUCACAAGACUUCUUAGAUAUGCAGUGGACAGAGAGGCACGUGUAGGACAAACUCCAUUUCCUGAUGUGAUGGAGCAGGUGUUCCAUGAGGCAGGUAUUGGAAGCAUGCUGUCACUACAGAAGUUCUGGCAGCAGCGCAUUAAGGAUUAUCACAGUUGUAUGCUUCAGACAAGCAAGCAGCUCUCAGAAGAGUAUGAUAAGAUUGUGAAUCCAGACAAAACAGCAGAAGAAAGCAAGCCCUUGAAGAUUAAGGAGGAGCCAGUGAGUGACAUCACCUUCCCUGCUAAUGAAGAACUAGAAGGAGAUGUGGCAUCUGGUGAUCAGGCACUGCCUGUAGGUGUUAUGGGAACUCAAAGUGAAAGAUUUUCUGCUACUCUUACAACUGAAGCAUCUCCUCAGAUCUCAGGGGCAGAAACAAAUACAAGUCCUCUCUGGAAUUUAACUCAAGUGAAAAUGGAACCCCAGGAGAACGAGGAGGGGAAUGUACAUGGACAUGGUGUGCUAAGCAGUGAUGUUUUUGAGGAACCUAUGUCUGCUAUGAGUGAGACAGGAAUGCCACAAAGUCCAGAUGGUUCAGAGAGAAGCUACAGUUCACACUCUGACGACAGCCUGAUGGGAUCUUCACCUGUAUUUAGUCAGCACCCAAAAAAGAAGGCCAAGAAAAUGUAAUGACAACCAGAGGACAAUAAGCAAGCACAUUGUCUCAGGACAUGGUCAGCAGCAAUAAUUGUGGCAUGCACGUGCUACUUUCAUAAUCAUUUUUUCAAGGAUUAAACAAAUCGGAGAUAAAUUCUGUACAUAUUGCAAUUUAUCUUAGAAAACAAAGUUAGUACACAAAUACCAAAAUAUUCUAAGCUGUAAUAUUAAUGGUAUGCAAUAAGAUUAGUUUUUGAUUGCUUGUGAUCUUAUUCUGGGGAAAGGUCACUAGCAAUAAAUCUGUUUGCUUAAUGCAAUAAAUUAAAGCUUUAGGAUGCUAACAGGUUUCAUCCAGCAGUCGUGGAUUUACCAGCUUAGUAAUUCAGAGCAAGUCUCUUAGCCACAGUAUUCAUAGGCCUUAAGCCAGUAGGACAGCCUUAUUAAAUAAAUAAUUAAGCAUCUGUGCUACUUAACAGUGAGACUGUGUUGGUCCAGCCAUUCCCCUGUAGCUGACUUAGUACUCCCUUCCCCAUUUAACCCCGCAGUGAUCUUGCAUAACAUUGUAGAAGGUAUGAGGCUACUAUCUAGUGUUGGCAUGUGUGGGCAUCAGUUCUGCUCACUGCUUUGAAACGGUCUCUUGGCAGCAUUUCUCCUUUGAGUGCAUUUUCAUCAUUACUCCAUCAGCUUAGCUAUUACUUAGUUCCUGUUACUAUUGUAAAUAUUAUUUUGCAUUUAUUCUCCUGGGAGGCAUGUUUUUUUUCUAUUUAAAUCGCUUAGUAAAUGUGCAUUGUGUCUGUUGUGUUCGAGUCCAUAAAGCCAGUAGAUUAGGGAGACAUAAAGCUCAAGUGCUUACUUAACUUAGAGAAAGUUGCACAUGUUGCAGAAAGUUUUUGAUUCUAAGAAACAAUGGGAAAAGUAAAUGUUGCUCCUUUUGAGUCUAAGAUGGAAGGAAAAGAGAGAAAUUGGUGAGAAAUCUGUUGAGAAGGAGGCAACAGCAGCAAAACAGGCUGAAGAUUAGAUGGGUAACACUUGUAAGUUACAAAAAAAAUUAUAAAGGAGGUUGUAAAGGAUUCUGUAUCAGAUUCAGGUGCAUAUAGAGUGAAACAGCCAGCUCCUAUGUAGGCUCCAUUGUCAGGGCUGCAUGAAGUCUUGCAGGUGUAUGAGCUCUGAGUAUGCACAAGAUUCAGUUUGUCUUAUUGCAGAAUCUCCCAAAUAUACACCUGGGCCUUUACCAGUAAAGAAUGUGAUGAUAAUGGUCUUAACUGCAUUAAUAUAUUCUGCAUCACUGUGCAGCUGAAUUAUAAUCCUAGCAUUUUAAUUGCAAGGUGUUCACUAGGUAUUCUUUAAAAAUGUACAGAAAAACACAAAAAAAUUCAACAGUCUUUGCCAGGAAAGCAAGAAAUUAUGAGCAGGGUACUGAAAAGUGACCAAUAAUCCAAUAAAAUACCUUGGUAUGUAAAAACGUAAUCAAGUGGAUUUAAAGCAAUUUGAGAGUUUAUUCCAACAAAUACACUUCAGUAUACACACAUAAAUGCAUUUAAACACCAGCGUUUUCGUCCCAUCAAUAAAGACUUCAUCAGAUGACUGAAAAUAUUCUGUUUAACAUUUAUGUAGCCUCUAACAUUUAAAAUAAACCAGGCAAACCUGUGCAAACUUGCAAGAAAUAAAUAAUUAAUGAUGCAGUUAAAACCA